CGGCGGCGUUGCGGCGCGGCUCGACUACUCUGCCGCCGCCGCCAGCGCCGGCCUGUCUUCCCGCUGCCGAGCCCUCGCCGCCGCCUGCAUGGCGCUCAGCGGCCUCUGCGGAUCCGAGGGCUCAGACCCCUUCUGGGACUGGAAUGUCACGUGGCACACCAGCAACCCUGACUUCACCAAGUGCUUUCAGAACACCGUCCUCAUGUGGGUGCCUUGCUGCUACCUCUGGAUCUGCUUCCCUUUCUACUUCCUCUAUCUCUCCCAUCAUGACCGGGGCUACAUCCAGAUGACACACCUCAACAAAGCCAAAACUGCCUUGGGAUUCUUGCUGUGGAUUGUCUGCUGGGCAGACCUCUUCUACUCUUUCUGGGAAAGAAGUCAGGGCAAGCUUCUUCCCCCAGUGUUGCUGGUCAGCCCCACCCUCUUGGGUAUCACCAUGCUGCUCGCCACCUUUUUGAUUCAGCUUGAGAGAAGGAAAGGUGUCCAGUCCUCGGGGAUCAUGCUUACUUUCUGGCUUGUAGCCCUGCUGUGUGCCCUUGCCAUCUUCAGAUCCAGAAUCAUGACUGCCUUAAAAGAGGCCACCAAAGACAACCUGUUUCGUGAUGUCACUUUCUACUUGUACUUUUUCCUUGUGCUGAUUCAACUCAUGUUGGCCUGUUUCUCAGAUCGCUUGCCUCUGUUCUCUGAAACCAUCAACGACCCUAAUCCUUGCCCGGAGUCCGGUGCCUCCUUCCUUUCGAGGAUCACCUUCUGGUGGAUCACAGGGUUGGUGAUCCGAGGCUACCGGCAGCCCUUGGAGGGCAGUGACCUCUGGUCUCUGAAUAAGGAAGACACAUCAGAGCAAAUCGUGCCUGUGUUGGUGAAGAACUGGAGGAAGGAAUGUGCCAAGUCCAGGAGACAGCCAGUGAAGAUGGUAUACUCCUCCUCCAAGGAUGCUGCUAAGCCCAAGGGGAGUUCCAAGUUGGACGUGAGCGAGGAGGCUGAGGCUCUGAUUGUCAAGUCCCCCGUGAAGGAGCGGGACCCCUCUCUGUUUAAAGUGUUAUACAAGACCUUUGGGCCCUACUUCCUCAUGAGCUUCUUAUUUAAGGCCCUUCAUGACCUGAUGAUGUUUGCUGGGCCUGAGAUCUUAAAGUUGCUCAUCAACUUUGUUAAUGAGAAGCAGGCCCCAGACUGGCAGGGCUACUUCUACACAGCACUGUUGUUCGUGAGCGCCUGCCUACAGACGCUGGUGCUGCACCAGUACUUCCACAUCUGCUUCGUCAGCGGCAUGAGGAUCAAGACUGCUGUCAUCGGGGCUGUCUAUCGCAAGGCCCUGGUGAUCACCAACUCAGCCAGGAGGUCUUCCACGGUCGGUGAGAUUGUCAACCUCAUGUCUGUGGAUGCCCAGAGGUUCAUGGACUUGGCGACGUACAUUAACAUGAUCUGGUCAGCCCCGCUGCAAGUCAUCCUCGCCCUCUACCUCCUCUGGCUGAACCUGGGCCCUUCUGUCCUGGCGGGGGUGGCGGUGAUGAUCCUCAUGGUGCCCUUUAAUGCUGUGAUGGCAAUGAAGACCAAGACCUACCAGGUGGCCCACAUGAAGAGCAAAGACAAUCGGAUUAAGCUGAUGAAUGAAAUUCUCAAUGGGAUCAAGGUGCUGAAGCUGUAUGCGUGGGAGCUGGCAUUCAAGGAUAAGGUGAUGGCCAUCAGGCAGGAGGAGCUGAAGGUGCUGAAGAAAUCUGCUUACCUGGCGGCUGUGGGGACCUUCACCUGGGUCUGCACACCUUUUCUGGUGGCCCUAUCUACCUUUGCUGUCUACGUGACCAUCGACAAGAACAACGUCCUGGAUGCCCAAAAAGCCUUCGUGUCCUUGGCCUUGUUCAACAUCCUCCGCUUUCCCCUGAACAUCCUCCCCAUGGUCAUCAGCAGCAUCGUGCAGGCGAGUGUCUCUCUCAAACGCCUGAGAAUCUUCCUUUCCCACGAGGAGCUGGAGCCUGGUAGCAUCGAGCGGCAGACUGUCAAAGAUGCUGCAGGAACCAACAGUAUUACUGUGAAGAAUGCCACCUUCACAUGGGCCAGAGGCGAAGCUCCCACCCUGAAUGGCAUCACUUUCUCCGUCCCAGAAGGCACCUUGGUGGCUGUGGUGGGCCAGGUGGGCUGCGGAAAGUCAUCUCUGCUCUCGGCCCUCUUGGCAGAGAUGGACAAGCUGGAGGGGCACGUGACUCUCAAGGGCUCGGUGGCCUACAUUCCCCAGCAGGCCUGGAUUCAGAACAACUCUCUCCGAGAAAACAUCCUUUUUGGGCGCCAGCUGCGGGAACAGCACUACAAGGCUGUCAUUGAGGCUUGUGCCCUCCUUCCAGACUUGGAAAUCCUGCCCAGUGGGGACCUGACUGAGAUUGGGGAGAAGGGUGUGAACCUAUCUGGCGGCCAGAAGCAGCGUGUGAGCCUGGCCCGGGCCGUGUACUGUGACUCAGACAUCUACCUCUUCGAUGACCCCCUCUCAGCUGUGGAUGCUCACGUGGGAAAGCACAUUUUUGAAAACGUGAUUGGCCCCAAGGGGAUGCUGAAGAAUAAGACUCGGAUCUUGGUUACACAUGGCAUCAGCUACUUGCCGCAGGUGGAUGUGAUCAUCGUCAUGACUGGUGGCAAGAUCUCAGAGAUGGGCUCUUACCAGGAGCUACUGGACCGGGACGGGGCAUUUGCCGAGUUCUUGCGCACGUAUGCCAGUGCCGAGCAGGAGUCCUCAGAGGAUGAUGGCGGCAAAGUGGUGGACAAGGAAGAGGAAGGGCUGACAGGCCUCAGUGGUCCAGGAAAGGAAGCAAAGCAAAUGGAGAAUGGCAUGCUGGUGACGGAUGCCUCCGGGAAGCAGCUUCAGAGGCAGCUUAGCAGCUCCUCCUCCUACAGCGGUGACGUCAGCAAGCUCCACACCAGCACCUCAGAGCUUGAGAAGCCCAGUGCCCAGGAGGAGACCUGGAAGCUGAUGGAAGCCGAUAAGGCGCAGACGGGGCAGGUGCAGCUCUCGGUGUACUGGGACUACAUGAAGGCCAUCGGACUCUUCCUCUCCUUUCUGAGCAUCUUCCUCUUCCUGUGCAACCAUGUUUCCUCCCUGGCUUCUAACUACUGGCUCAGUCUCUGGACGGAUGACCCUGUCGUCAAUGGGACCCAGGAGCACACCAAAGUCCGGCUCAGUGUCUAUGGAGCUCUGGGCAUCUCUCAAGGUGUUGCUGUGUUUGGCUACUCCAUGACGGUGUCCAUUGGGGGCGUCUUUGCCUCCCGCCGCCUGCACCUGGACCUGCUGCACAAUGUCCUCCGGUCACCAAUGAGCUUCUUCGAGCGCACUCCCAGUGGGAACCUGGUGAACCGCUUCUCCAAGGAGCUGGACACGGUAGACUCCAUGAUCCCACAGGUCAUCAAGAUGUUCAUGGGUUCCCUGUUCACUGUGCUGGGCUCCUGCGUCCUCAUCCUGCUGGCCACGCCCAUUGCCGCUGUCGUCAUCCCACCACUGGGCCUCAUCUACUUCUUCGUGCAGAGAUUCUACGUGGCCUCCUCUCGGCAGCUAAAGCGCCUUGAGUCAGUAAGCCGCUCUCCAAUUUACUCCCACUUCAAUGAGACCUUGCUGGGGGUCAGCGUCAUCCGUGCCUUUGAGGAGCAGGAGCGCUUUAUCCACCAGAGUGACCUGAAGGUGGAUGAGAACCAGAAGGCUUACUACCCCAGCAUUGUGGCCAACAGGUGGCUCGCUGUGCGGCUGGAGUGUGUCGGAAACUGCAUUGUCCUGUUCGCUGCCCUGUUUGCCGUCAUCUCCCGGCACAGCCUCAGCGCUGGCCUGGUGGGCCUCUCAGUGUCUUACUCCCUGCAGAUCACCUCCUACCUGAACUGGCUCGUUCGGAUGUCAUCUGAGAUGGAGACAAACAUUGUGGCUGUGGAGAGGCUCAAGGAGUAUUCAGAAACCAAGAAGGAGGCUGCCUGGCAAAUCCAGGAGACCGCACCACCCAGUACCUGGCCCGAGGUGGGCCGCGUGGAGUUCCGCGAUUAUGGCCUGCGGUACCGAGAGGACCUGGACAUGGUUCUCAAGCACAUCAACGUCGUCAUUGAAGGAGGAGAAAAGGUUGGCAUCGUUGGGCGGACAGGAGCUGGCAAAUCCUCUCUCACCCUGGGCUUGUUUCGGAUCAAUGAGUCUGCUGAAGGCGAGAUCAUCAUCGAUGGCAUCAACAUCGCCAAGAUCGGCCUGCAUAAUCUGCGUUUCAAAAUCACCAUCAUCCCCCAGGACCCCGUUUUGUUCUCCGGUUCUCUCCGCAUGAACCUGGACCCAUUCAGCCAGUACUCAGAUGAGGAUGUCUGGACAGCCCUGGAGCUAGCUCACCUCAAGGGCUUUGUGUCAGGCCUCCCUGACAAGCUGAACCACGAGUGUGCAGAAGGCGGGGAGAACCUGAGCAUUGGGCAACGCCAGCUUGUGUGCCUGGCCCGAGCUUUGCUAAGGAAGACAAAGAUCCUCGUGCUGGAUGAGGCCACGGCAGCUGUGGACCUGGAAACAGAUGACCUCAUCCAGUCCACUAUCAGGACACAGUUUGAGGACUGUACGGUCCUCACCAUCGCCCACCGGCUCAACACCAUCAUGGACUACACAAGGGUGAUUGUGCUGGACAAAGGAGAAAUCCGGGAGUGUGGCCCCCCCUCCGACCUCCUGCAGCAGAGGGGUCUCUUCUAUAGCAUGGCUAAGGAUGCCGGCCUGGUGUGAGCGCUGGAGCUGCUGCGCUUGGGCCGAACUGUAGGGCUGACGCGCUGCUGUCCAGGGAUGAGCUGGCAUCCUUGGGAACCCACACCUCUCGGAAACCAACAGAAGGAAAGAUACAGAAAGAAAAUCAAACCCAUCAAACCAAAACCACAAAGUAGCUGCCGCCAGCCAGCCACUGGCCAGAAGUGACCUUGAAGAAACAGGACACAGCUGCCCCCCAGGGAGCCCAGAUACCUACAGCCUGGCCUCCAGCCCCCAGGAGAUGCACGCAUGUUCUCAGGCUUCCAAGAAUGCAAGCUGUGGCCCCGGUGUCCCCACAGAAGGGCUUUAGCAGCCAGACUUUGGAGAAAUUGGUUCUGUAGAAGAUUCUAGUGACCAAAUCCAGUCAACUGCCUCAUGUGUCUCUAACUAAAGUCUGUGGAUCCCAAGUCUUCAAGACGCUUCCUGUCACUUCUAGAACCUUAUCUGGUUCCUGAGGUUGAGGGGCUGGGUGAAAACCAUUCUGACUCUCCGGCCAUGCCCCAAGAGCCCUGACAGUCGUCUUGCCAACUAUCUGGUCUUCCAGACACCGAUGCUGGGAAACAGCACCCCAGCCCUGCCCACCAGUCCAUGCUUCCAUGGCCAGAGGCAGCCUUGCACACCCACACUUCCUGUCACUGCAAGGAUGUGGCUAGACCCAUGACUGAUCCAGACCUGAAGCUCCAGUGCCAGGCAGUGCCCUCUUCCUGCUGAUUUUCCAGUCUGCUUGCCUCUACACCUGUUUCGCCUUUCUUUUGCUUUCCUCUAGCCUCUCACUGCCCAUCGCUGAAGUGGGUUAGCUCCUGUCGGUACUGGGAAGAGUGGAAAGUCUACUAAUGGCUACAAGGCAUCCAGAGCAAGGAGCCUGAGGGGCCUCCCAAGGAUUACCAGCUGGUACCAAAGAGUCCCUGGUGUUGUCUCUGUUUCAGUUUUAACUUCUCACUCAUGGCAUCUGGCUUCAAGUGGCAGAAAACUUGACAUUUUAGAUACCAGUUCUCUUCCAGGAUAAGAAAAAGACCCCAUUAAUGAAUAUCAGUGAUUUUUGUUCUUUUUUUUUUUUUUCAUACUAUUCCAGUGAAAAAGGCUGUCCUAGGGGUCUAAUUUCUUAGGAGGAAGUCCUGGGCUGAGGAGCGGGGACUUGCCCAACCUGGUUCUGCAUUUGGCAUUCAGUGCAGGUGUCCUUGGAAGAAAGAGGCCGAGUCCUUCACAGUGGGUCUGUCAGACGUUCAGUGACAGCCCGCGAUGAGAGCCUGACAGCAGCACACGCUCCCUGCUGCCCUGGGAUUUGUACCUGCUCUGAGUACUGUACAUUGCUGACUUCAAACCCAGAGAAGCAUCUUUCUUUUAGGUGGAGAUACAUAUUUAUUUUUUGUAAGUUAUACCAUCCUUUCAUGUUAGAGAAACCAAGUUUUUCUUGGGGAUCUUUUUGUAAUGACUUACACUGGAAACAUGAACAUUUGCAAAUAAUUUACAGUAAAAAUAAUAUUUUAUU